GCAGGCUUAGCAAAAGUCCAUCUGGGGGAGCUGCUGAGUUGCUUUCACCAGAGAAAGCUCCUGGUGGUUCUCCAAUGUGGCUGUAUUUUCCUUUUGUGUGUGCAUUUUUCUCUUGGGCGGAAAUAUUGUGUCGCUACCCAUCUGAAUGCACUGAAUCCUUCUCAGCAUUGUUUUCCCUCUGAUGGAAGAACCCACGGCUUCUCUUAGCCCGACCAAAAGACAAUCCCUGAAAAUAUGAACUUGGCAACGUUCACAAAAUCCUGGAUACUUUGGGGUUGUGCUGCCAUUAGGAAAACUGGCUUCACUCUGAGGGGAAAUGCUUCAUCCACUGCAAAGAGAAUGCCAAGGGCUGAAAUGAGAUUGCCUUCUGGAGGAUCCCUAUCAUGAAUCGAUACACAACUAUCAAACAGUUGGGAGAUGGGACAUAUGGCUCUGUCCUCCUAGGAAGAAGUAUUGAAUCAGGAGAGCUGAUUGCCAUUAAGAGGAUGAAGAGGAAAUUUUAUUCCUGGGAGGAAUGCAUGAACCUUCGUGAAGUCAAGUCCUUGAAGAAACUUAACCAUUCCAACAUAGUGAAACUAAAAGAAGUUAUCAGAGAAAAUGAUAAUCUGUACUUUGUAUUUGAGUAUAUGAAAGAAAAUCUUUAUCAGCUAAUGAAAGAAAGGAACAAAUUGUUCCCAGAGUCCACUGUCAGGAAUAUUAUGUAUCAGAUUCUUCAAGGCCUUGCAUUCAUACAUAAACAUGGUUUUUUCCACAGGGACUUAAAACCUGAGAAUCUCCUUUGCAUGGGACCAGAACUUGUGAAAAUAGCAGAUUUUGGCCUUGCCCGUGAAAUUAGAUCUAGACCUCCCUACACAGACUAUGUUUCAACACGGUGGUACAGGGCUCCUGAAGUGCUCUUGAGGUCCACUAACUACAGUUCUCCCAUUGAUAUCUGGGCUGUUGGUUGCGUCAUGGCAGAAGUGUAUACCCUCCGGCCCCUCUUUCCCGGGAGCAGUGAAAUUGAUACCAUUUUCAAAAUUUGCCAAGUGCUGGGAACGCCGAAAAAGAACGAUUGGCCCGAAGGCUACCAGCUGGCAGGCACCAUGCAUUUCCGGUGGCCCCAGUGUGUUCCAAAUAACCUAAAGACCCUCAUCCCUAAUGCCAGCAGCGAGGCCAUCCAGCUCAUGAGAGACAUGCUGCAGUGGGACCCCAAAAAGCGGCCGACCGCCAGUCAGGCACUUCGGUAUCCUUACUUCCAAGUUGGCCAAACCCUGGGCCCUUCUCAGUCUAUCCGGGAGCUGGGAAAGCAACAGCGAGACCUUCCUGACAAAGGCCAAAGCUACCUUAAACCUGUUCCACCAGCGGCACUCCCGCCUAAAGCACAAAGUGGCCUCUCCUUGAGACCAUGUCCACAGAGCCAUUCCUCCCAAUCCCUGACCUACCCGCACAAAGCAGACUCGUCCGCGAGGGACCCCUUAAAGGAAGCCAAGCCAAGCCAGGUGGUCUUCCCAGCCAUUCACGCCAAGCUUUCUCUCCAGACAACUUCCAUUGCCACAGAAGAAGCCAAUGUUGACCUCAAACCAAAGAACCGACAUAAAUGGGGCCACAUUAUUGGAACACUAAAAAGUUCUGAGGAGUGGGAUACUGUGGAAGAGAGUGAUAGGAAGUCUUCCCUCAGCAGAACGGACUUUAAAAACAAAGGGCAGAUUGAUGAUGCUCUUUGUAGAUUUGAAAGUAUUUUGGACCUGAAACCUUCAGCCUGCAUAGGGACGGGAAACAGCGCACCUUCCUACCUUCAACAGGACAUGCCAACACGCCAAGUUUCUGCAGCCAAACAACAUUACUUGAAACAUUCUAGGUAUUUACCUGGAAUAAGCCCAAGAAAUAAUUUGGUAUCUAGUUCAAGCAAAGAUUCUGUCCUACCAAAUCCAUGGCCAAGUUCUAGUUUGCCUAGAAAGACGUCGGCAACAGCAGGCGGGAUCACCAGGCUGAAUACCAAUUGCACAGGAUCAAGUGGCCUAAUGGGUGCUUAUGUCCCUUCCUUUCUGAAAAAAGAAGUUGGCUCUGCUGGCCAGAGAGUGCAGUUGGCACCAAUUCUUGAUCCGCCUCCUGCAGAUUCAUCUUCUCAAUACAGUUCCUUGAAGACGAUCCGACCUCAUAUUGUGAGGCCAUCAUUUAACCUGGCUAUGAAAAGCACACCAGGGUUUCUGCCAGCCCCACCGCCUGUUCAACCUGUGCAUGGAAGGAUUGACUGGUCUUCAAAAUAUGCUGCUCACCGCUGAAUUAUGGGAUUGGCGCAUGCGUUCCAUGACACUGGCUAAACAUCCAGGCUCCUGUAACAUUUCUCCCGUCCGUAUUUUCUACAACCGAGACAUUUCAGGAUCUUUUAAGAGAGUUUACUUUUUAGUUGUAUGUAUUUGAAUGCAAAGUUGUGUAACUUUUGUAUUGUUCUUAUUUUACGACUGAGGCAUUUAUUUUCAUAGGACCAAUGCACAUUUGUAUAUCAGCAUAGAAUUGUGGGGAAAAAAUUUUUUUUUUUGUUCUGGGGGCUUUUUUAAAUAACUUUUG